AUGGGGCAGAGCGAGUCGGAGCCGCAGGAGGAGGCGGAGGACGCGUCCCUGACGGCCGUGCUGCCCAAGCUCUUCGCCGAGGAGCAGCUCCCCACCGGCACGGUGCUGGGGGCGAUGCUCGGCCUCGGCCUCUUCGCUGUCAUCGUCGCCGCUGCCAUCGUGGUCCUGGUCCGUCGGCUGCGCCUGAAGAAACUACCCGCGCAGGGGACACCGAAAUAUCGCUUCCGCAAACGGGACAAGAUGCUCUUCUACGGCCGCAAGAUCAUGCGCAAGGUGUCCCAAUCCACCUCCUCCCUGGUGGACACCACCAUUUCCAGCGCUUCGCGGCCUCGGAUGAAAAAAAAACUCAAGAUGCUCAACAUCGCCAAAAAGUUCCUGCGCAUCCAGAAGGAGCUGCCCACGCUGCAGCUGAAGGAGCCGCCGCCCUCGGUGCUGGAAGCCGAUUUGACCGAAUUUGAUGUGGCCAAUUCCCAUCUUCCCUCCGAGGUUCUCUACAUGCUCAAAAAUGUCCGGGUGCUGGGCCACUUUGAGAAGCCGUUGUUCCUGGAGCUUUGCAAGCACAUGGUUUUCCAGCAAUGCCAACAAGGUGACUACGUUUUCCGUCCCGGACAACCCGACACCAGCAUCUACGUGGUGCAGGAUGGCAAGUUGGAGCUCUUCCUCACCGAACCGGAUGGGAAGGAGACGGUGAUGAAGGAGGUGUUCCCCGGGGACAGCGUGCACAGCCUGCUCAGCAUCCUCGACGUCAUCACGGGCCACCAGCGACCAUACCGGACGGUGUGUGCCCGGGCGGCGGAGGACUCCACCGUGCUACGGCUACCGGUCGAAGCCUUCUCUGCCGUCUUCGAGAAGUACCCUGAGAGCUUGGUGCGGGUGGUGCAGAUCAUCAUGGUGCGGCUCCAGCGCGUCACCUUCUUGGCUUUGCACAACUACCUUGGGUUGACCAACGAGCUCUUCAGCCAUCCCGUCGCAGGCAUCCAGAAGGGUCCCCGCUCCGACUUCGACAUGGCCUACGAACGCGGCCGCAUCUCGGUGUCGCUGCAGGAGGACAGCACCGGCGCCUUGGCCGCCUUCUCCCGGUCCGUCUCGCACGAGCCCAAGGAGCGCAAGUCAGUGACGGUGGAGGAGCAACCGUCUGGUGUCUACCACUACAACUACUGCGAGGACGAUUCGGCAACGGGGGACUGUCCCUUCGGACCCUACCAGGGCCGCCAGACCAGCGCCAUCUUCGAGGCUGCCAAGCGGGAGCUGGUCAAGCUCAUGAAGGUGGAGGACCCUUCUCUCCUCAACAACCGUGUCUUGCUCCAUCACGCCAAAGCUGGGACAGUCAUCGCCCGUCAAGGGGACCAGGACGUGAGCCUCCACUUCGUGCUGUGGGGCUGCCUGCACGUGUACCAGCGGAUGAUCGACAAGGCGGAGGACGUCUGCCUCUUCUUGACGCAGCCCGGCGAGAUGGUGGGACAGCUGGCCGUGCUCACUGGCGAGCCCCUCAUCUUCACCAUCAAGGCCAACCGCGACUGCACCUUCCUCAAGAUCUCCAAAUCGGACUUCUAUGAGAUCAUGCGGGAGCAGCCCAGCGUGGUGCUGAGCGUCGCCCACACCGUGGCUGCCCGUAUGUCACCCUUUGUGCGCCAGAUGGACUUUGCCAUCGACUGGAUGGCGGUGGAAGCCGGCCGGGCGCUCUACAGGCAGGGUGACAAGUCGGACUGCACCUACAUCGCGCUCAACGGGCGUCUCCGCUCCGUCAUCCAGAAGGGCAGCGGCAAGAAGGAGCUCAUCGGGGAGUACGGGCGCGGGGACCUCAUCGGCGUGGUGGAAGCCCUCACCCGGCAGCCCCGUGCCACCACGGUCCACGCGGUCCGGGACACGGAGUUGGCCAAGCUGCCUGAGGGCACCUUGAACAACAUCAAGCGCAGAUACCCCCAGGUUGUCACCCGCCUCAUUCACCUCCUGAGCCAGAAGAUCUUGGGAAACCUUCAGCAGCUCCGCGGGCCAUUUGCAAGCUCCGGCUUGGGCAUGGCCUCCAGCUCGGAGCCCACCAACCCCACCAGCAACCUGUCAACGGUGGCAGUGCUGCCGGUGUGCGACGACGUGCCCACGGCUGCCUUCACGCUGGAGCUCAAGCAUGCGCUCAAUGCCAUUGGUCCCACGCUGCUCCUCACCAGCGACAUCAUCCGUGCCCGUCUCGGCUCCUCGGCGCUGGACAGCAUCCAGGAGUACCGCCUGUCGGGCUGGCUGGCGCAGCAGGAGGACAUCCACCGCAUCGUCCUGUACCAAACCGACUGUACCCUGACGCCGUGGACCGUGCGCUGCAUCCGUCAAGCCGACUGCAUCCUCAUCGUAGGGUUGGGCGACCAAGAGCCGGCACUGGGAGAGCUGGAGCAGAUGCUGGAGAACACGGCGGUGCGUGCGCUGAAGCAGUUGGUCCUCCUACACCGUGAGGACGGUCCUAGUCCUUCCCGCACCGUUGAGUGGCUCAACAUGCGUAGCUGGUGCUCGGGCCACCUCCAUAUCAAGUGUCCCCGGCGCGUCUUCUCCCGCCGUAGCCCCACCAAACUGCGGGAGAUGUACGAGAAGGUGUUUGAGAAGAGCGCCGACCGCCACAGCGACUUCUCCCGGUUGGCACGGGUCCUCACCGGCAACACCAUCGCCCUCGUCCUGGGGGGCGGCGGAGCCAGGGGCUGCUCCCACAUCGGGGUGAUCAAAGCGAUGGAGGAGUCGGGGAUCCCCAUCGACAUGGUGGGUGGCACCUCCAUCGGCGCCUUCAUCGGGGCGCUCUACGCCGAGGAGCGCAGCGCCGUCCGCACCAAGCAGCGGGCGCGCGAGUGGGCCAAGUGCAUGAAUUCGGUGUUCGAGACCGUCCUGGACCUCACCUACCCCAUCACCUCCAUGUUUUCGGGUUCAGCCUUCAACGCCAGCAUCAACAAGGUUUUCCAGGACAAGCAGAUCGAGGACCUGUGGCUUCCCUACUUCAACGUCACGACCGACAUCACGGCCUCAGCCAUGCGGGUGCACACGGACGGCUCGCUCUGGCGGUACGUGCGAGCCAGCAUGACCCUUUCUGGCUACCUACCGCCACUCUGCGACCCCAAGGACGGCAACUUACUGAUGGACGGUGGUUACAUCAACAACCUGCCAGCCGACAUCGCCCGCAACAUGGGUGCCAAGACGGUGAUCGCCAUCGACGUGGGCAGCCAGGAUGAGACAGACCUGUGCAACUACGGGGACAGCCUCUCUGGCUGGUGGCUUCUCUGGAAACGUCUCAACCCCUGGGCUGAAAAAGUCAAGGUGCCCGACAUGGCGGAGAUCCAGUCCCGCCUGGCCUACGUGUCGUGCGUGCGGCAGCUGGAGGUGGUGAAGUCCAGCUCCUACUGCGAGUACAUCCGCCCCCCCAUCGACCGCUUCAAGACCAUGGAUUUCGGCAAGUUCGACGAGAUCUACGACGUGGGGUACCAGCACGGCAAAGUGGUCUUCGACGGCUGGAGCCGGGGCGACAUCAUUGAGAAGAUGGUGAAGGACCGGCGUUCGGCCGACUUCUAUGAGAGCAAACGCAUGGACGUGAGCAAGGGGUGGCACCGGGGCCCCGUGGAGGAGUCCGACUACCUCACCGAGUACGAGGACGAGGGGCCGGAGCCAGCGCGGGGUGAGGAGGACGCGUUCGCCCCUUCUGAGUGGGCCAACGCCGGCGCCUUGGAGGCUGAGGAGGAGAGGAGCCUGCGGCACCGCCCGAGCCCGGCCCGCGCCCCCUCGCCCCGCCCCGCGCCCCCUCCGCCCCCCAAACCUGACCCCCCCGUCACCCAAGGAGCCCGAGAGCCAGCGCUGCCUCCGCGCCCCGGGGGUGCCCCUUGUCCCCUCUCCCCUUUUCUGCGGCCGCUUCCCCGGCCGGGGCUCAGCCCCCACGGCACUUUUCCGCUCCUCCUUGGCCCCAUCGCCGUCCCCAAGCUGGGGUGA